AAGAUGCUGUAGAGCGCGGUAAAUCUAUGGUCCCGUAGUGAGCAGUCAUGUCGGAGAAGUGCCGUGAAGAUUCUCAGUUUUCAACGCCAAAGCGGCAUCCCAAUGGUGCCAUCAGUGGAAUGUCGUUUCCUGGGAGUCCCCCGAUGAAGGAUAAUACUCUGUACCCUUGGAACUGGGGAGAAAAUGUGUGUAAAGUGGAGCUGAGUAGUCCGUGUUGCAGCAGUGGGAGUAACUCUUGUGAAAGCCCUGAUCCCAGAAGCUGUGAAUCAAAGAGAGGACGACCGCGGGCGGAUGCUAUCAAUACCCUGAUUAUCGAAGGUGCUCAGUCCCCCAGCAGCAUCAAGUGUCCCAUCUGCAACAGAGUGUUUCCCAGAGAAAAGUCACUCCAAGCUCAUCUACGGACACAUACUGGUGAGCGUCCAUACCAGUGUGAUUUUCCUGGGUGCACAAAGGCAUUUACACAGAGUGGUCAGCUGAAGACCCACCAGAGACUACACACGGGUGAGAAGCCUUUCAUCUGCUCUGCUCCAGGCUGUACAUCUCGAUUCACCCAUGCCAAUCGUCACUGUGCUGAACAUCCCUAUGCCACUCUGCAGCGGACAUCAGAUCUAAACAUCAACCCACAACUCUCACCUGCAGAGUGUACUGAUGACGUCUUGCAAUGGCUAGAGAAAUAUCGACAUGAAAAAAUGGAACGAACACCAGCUAAAGCACGCAAGAACAAACGUGAACUGGAUGGUUCGCCCGAGACUCAUACUCCCCACACACCCUCUUCAGAAUCUGACAUAAUGUCUCCACCACCAGUUAAACGUACGAAAUCUCGCCGUGGUCUUGGUCCAUUAAUGGAGCAGCAACAAAAUAUUCCUGAUAGCCGUUCAGCCACGGUUUAUCAGACACAUCUUACAGAUGAAAAUGUAUACAUGUCUCCUGAAAGUUACGGUGGAGAUGAAAAUAAGUAUGGAGACUAUCAUCGCCCACAACGUCCGUUGCCAGCAUCUCCAAAUCAUGCUCGUGUUUUGAGGAAUACAGAAAAUUUGCAGAGCCCUAUCAAGACACACACUUACCGAGGAUUUGAUAUGGAUGGAAUAAAGCCUUUGGUAGAAAGUGAGGACAAUGUUUUCACAUCACACAUUUCUUUGAAUGAGGAUCUUGGCACACACGAGCCUCAUCAUAUCUCGCAUGAACCUGAGGUUGUUCUUGGAAUGAAUUUUCCAAAUUCAUUGGGACUAAACACAGAUACCUUGGGACUUCUUCCAGAUCACAUUUUGGAAUGUGAUCAAGUAUUGGUGGAAUUACCUUGGCACAUACCUAAAACAUCAAAUAUUCUCACAGAUGUUCCAAUUGAGUUGUCAGAUAAAAAGGCUUUAAGUGAGGGCUACCAACAAGAACAAUUACCACAAGUAGUACUAUCUCUCCCAGAAACACAUCUUUCAUCCAAUGUUGUUACUGAAAGCCUAGAUAAUAUUGUUGAUGACAAAUCCCCACACUCUGACAACUCUCCCCAGUUAGAGGAGACUUGGCGCAUGAGACAGCCCAAAAAGAGAUGGCUACGAGAAGCUCGUCUUGAGCAAGGGGAACUGGAAAGCCCCAGACACAUCUCAGAAUCUGAGAACCAAAUCCGGCCCUCAGUUGUUGUAAAGGCUUCCUCUUCACAAGUUGCCCCAGUGAUGGGUCCUCUUCCUAGAGGAGAAACCAAGGAGAAGUGGAUGGGGGCCAUGGCUCUUAUACAACUUGCAGAGGUUCCGGAGGAUGGAUCUCAACCACUUAAUCUUUCUACUGCACGAUACACCACUCUUUAAUUUUUCAAAGUGAAUACAUUUGGAAAACAGUGAAGCACUAAGACAGGUUAUCUGCAGAAAUAGCCUUGUCAUGAGCUUAUCAACUUGGGUUGUAAGUUGCUAUGCAUCUCCUACUGCUAGUCGUCUGCGCAAUCAGUAACAAAAAUGUCAAAAUGCUUUUAUGCUUUAUUAUAGUUUUAUAUUCUCCCAUGUUACCUUUCAGUUUUCUUAAAUGGAAAUUAUGGCCACAUGUAUAAAUACCUGAAUCUCCUUACUAUAAUUGUGCUUAUAAAUGUGGAGAUUUAUUCCAACGUUAAUUAACCUUGUACCUGGAACAUGCCUUUAUUCAGAUUUAGUGAACUUUAUAUUUUAUUCGAUUUGUUCUGUUUAAAGGCUACCUAUAGUUACUACUAAAGGACUAUAUUUGAUGUAUAUAUUUUGAAUUAUGUUGUAGCUUUAUAUUGAUUAUAUUAGUAUCGAUUCCCAGUCACAUAUGUACAUGAAUAAAUUUAUACAUUAAAA